AUGGCGUUUGACACGUUGCUUUGUUACGUCCUUCGUGGUCGCUUGUUAUUCAUCGCAACCUAUAACGGAGAAAGAUAUCUACCUUUCUUUGGCCGACCUCUAUUACGUCGCCCUUUAGGAGGCCAUUUACCAAUUCUUUCCCCAAAAUUUGGAUCUAUAUCUAUAUAUAUUGAAGAUUUUGGAAGGGAUCAAUCAAGGAACCAAGAGGAUCCAUGUACAGUCUUCGAUAACAAGGAUUCAAAGAGCUUAAGCACAGUGUACAAAGGUGAACUAGAAGAUGUGACAGUGAUUGCAGUAAAAGUAUUGAAUGUGAAGCAAUUCUCUGCAGAAUCAGAUAAAUGGUUCUACACAGAAGCCAAAACACUAAGCCAGUUAAAGCAUCGGAACCUCGUCAAAAUCUUAGGGUUUGCUUGGGAGAGUGGAAAAAUGAAAGCUUUGGUGCUUCCAUUUAUGGAGAAUGGAAGCUUGGAGAGUGCGAUUCACGGGUCUGCACCGGUUGGAUCUCUCUCAGAGAGAAUCGAUCUAUGCGUUGACAUCGCGAGCGGAAUCGAUUUUCUUCAUUCUGGGUUUGGAUUUCCAAUCGUUCACUGCGAUUUGAAGCCAUCGAAUAUACUUCUCGACGGCGAUCGAGUAGCUCACAUCAGCGAUUUCGGGACUGCUCGGAUCCUAGGGUUACGUGAAAAUGGAAGCACCACAGCUUCUUCCGUAGCCUUCCAAAAAGUGGAAGCGAGACUCCAUGGUGAUUGCUGA